AUGAAAUAUAUCUCUAUUACUACUACUAUUUUUACUACUCUUUUCUCAGUUAUUCAGGCACAAAGCUCGACUGUAAAUAUAUUAACAGCUACCGUCAAUACUAAUAAUAAUAAUGUACCAACUGUCAGUAGUACUUUUUCAACUCCUGGUAAAUUAACAGAAACUUAUCCUGCUAGUGGUUCAAUACCAACUGCUAAACCUGAAUGGUUGGAAUUAAUCAAGAAUCAGAAUAUUACGAAUGCACCUGUAUUGAAAAGUAACGGUGAUGAUGGCCCUAGCACAGAUGGUGUUGAUAACUACUGUAAUUGGUCUAAAAGUGGAUGCUUAGGGGAUAGUAUCAGCGAUUGUCCUAAAGGCAUAUGGGGUCUUACUUAUGAUGAUGGACCCUCUGAUGUAUCCCCUAUUUUAUAUGAUUUCCUCAAAACAACAAACCAAAAAGCAACUCUUUUCAUGAUUGGUGCUAACGUUGUUAAAUAUCCCGAAAUUGUAAAACGUGCCUUUGAUGAAGGUCAUGAACUUGCCAUCCAUACCUGGUCUCAUAAUUUUAUGACUACACUAACUAAUGAGCAAAUUGUUGCUGAACUUAAAUGGACAGAGCUGGCUAUUAAAGAGGUUACCGGCUUUUCUCCUCGAUUUUUUAGACCACCUUAUGGUGAUAUCGAUAAUCGUGUUAGAGAUAUUGCUACUGCUCUUGGGUUUAAGUCUGUCAUUUGGGAUCAUGACACAAAUGACUGGAUGCUUGGUGAGAAUGCUCCUGGUUUUAAAGCCGAAUGGAUCGAUGGUAAUUUUACUGAAUGGAUUGCUGAAGCUGCCACUGCUACAACAGGUGGUUUAUCUUUGGAGCAUGAUAUUCAAAAAGUAACAGUUGAUGCUGCCAUUAAGAAUUUACCAGGACUUCAAAAAGCUUAUAAGGUAGUUACCGUUGGCGAAUGUGCUGGUCUCUCCUCCUAUAAGGAAGGAAAUGUUACUAAACCAGUUAAUACUACAACAUCAGCUAUAUCUUCUUCCACUAUGGCUUCAUCUACUUUAUCUAUCUCUACUACAUCUUCUGCUACUCAUACUGAGCAAAAACAGAAACCUUCUGAACUUAGUAGUGCUGCUAAUCAUAUACUUGUCCAUACAUCUUUAUCUGCUUUUCUUGUAUCGAUUGUCGCAUUCGGUCUUACUUUCUGUUUGAUCUAA